AUGUUUUCAAGGAUAUUGUUAAGUCAGCAAAGUCCGAAGAAAUGCCGAAAACAGGAAAUGUCAACCAUGGAGCGAUCUACAAUUGUGCAGACAUCGAGUGAUGAUGAGUUUACUAGUGCCUCGAUGUCUCGACAAGACAUGGUACUAAAGAGUUCACGGUUGAAGAAGUUAAAGUCUCAGUCAUCUGUGAGUAGUCCAGAUGUUAAAGUGCACUCUACCAAGCGUCAACCAAUUGUGAGCGACGACAGUGAUAUGGAUGCAUUUGAAGCUGAGAGUGUUGAGAGAGAAUUAAAGGAUGUGGAUAAGCAGAGUACCCUAAGCAUUUCUAGUUCCUCAAGUGUGAUUAGUAUUUCGAGUGCUAGUAGUUCAUCAAACUCAGUGAGUACUUUGGAUGUGGAUCGUUCUGCCAGCACAUCCAUUCCUUCCAGCUCGAACCCUUCUAUGAGCACAUCAGGCUCGCACAGUACAUCCAGUGUUUCAACGUCCUCCUCGACGUCUUCUCUGUUCGAGCAGGAGGGCAAUGAAUCACCCGUGCUGGCGUCUCCUCAGCGAAGGCGAAGCCAUGCGAUGAUUCCCGAGCUUCCUCUGCAGCGUCGAACGAGCUCGGCCGAUGAUGGAUCGCUGAUUUUGACCGUGAAGCGAUCGAAGAAGCGGCCGCCUUCGUUCCCCGCUGCUCCGCCGAUGGAUGGGAGCGCAGAGGAAUCGAAGAAGCAAGCGGAUUGGACUGUAACGAGCGGAUCGGUGCGCUCCCAACCCGAUCAAUGCGAGAACGCAACGCCAAAGAAAUCGUCAGCCAUUCAAUCGGAAGUCUAUUGA